AUGCCACCAAAAACAGGCCGAGGGCGCUCUUCCAAAGCCACCACCACCAGCAGCGCUCCAAACUCUCCCAGAGCAAGCAGAGCUGGCCCAUCAUCCCGUCAAGCACAGGAAGAAACAACCACAACAUCAAGUCCCAUCACAAGCCCAAGAUCACCAACUACCGCCAGAAAUACGAAGCAGCCAAUGUCCCCAACAGCGGCAAAAACAGCGGCAAAAACAACAAAUAGAGUAACCAAGCGACCAGCCGGCAAAGCCCCGCGAUCAUCAAACAUACAACCGGGCGACCCAACCCCCAUCGGCAAACGCCGCCGCUACAAGCCCGGCACCGUCGCCCUCAAAGAAAUCCGCAAAUACCAACGCUCCUUCGAUUUGUUGAUUAGCAAACUCCCCUUUGCCCGCUUAGUUCGCGAAGUCGCACUAGACCUGCUACCAGCCGAAGUAGGCGCCGAACUACGAUGGCAAUCGCACGCAAUUAUGGCGCUGCAAGAAGCUGCAGAGGCGUUUUUGGUGCAUCUGUUUGAGGAUACGAAUCUGUGCGCCAUUCAUGCGAAGAGGGUUACGAUUAUGCAGAAGGAUAUUCAGCUUGCCAGGCGGAUUAGGGGGAUGUGGGCUGGUUUGGGCUAA